AUGGGAUCGUAUGUCGUUGUAUUAGCCUUUCUGUGUUUUUUCUGUUGUAACGUUAUUGGAGCUAGCAAAGACAAUUGUCUCAGACACGGACAUCCGCCGGUUACUCGAAACCGGACCUUAGUCUCCGCCGGCGGGAACUUCGCGUUAGGAUUCUUCCGCCCCGGAAACUCGUCGUAUUCCUUCCUAGGAAUAUGGUAUAACACCAUCAACAACACCGUGAUCUGGGUGGCCAACAGAGAAUCUCCUCUGCCUCCUCAAGAUUCUGAAGCCGUUUUCACACUCGGGGACGAUGGGAAUUUGCUGCUUUUGGAUGGCGAAAGAAAUGCUAUAUGGUCCACGAAUAUCUCCGGCGGCGGCGGAAACUCCUCCUUCGCCCAACUGCGAGACACGGGAGAUCUCAUUCUGAAGCAGGGCGAGAGCCGUGUUUGGGAAAGCUUCAAUGGCGACAGCGAUUCAUUAAUGCCGGAGAUGAGGCUAAUGGUAAACAAGAAAACCGGAAAACGGAACGUGAUAAGAUGUUGGAGUAGCAGUGAUGAUCCCCGGCCAGGGAAAUUCUCCUUGGGAAUGGAUCCUAAAGGGUCUCCUCAAAUUUUGAUUUGGAAAGAAGAUGUUCCUUAUUCUAGGAGCAAUUUGUUCCAGGAUGGGUUUGUUUACUAUAGGUACUUUCCAGAACUGGGAUACUCUGCAUCUUAUUCUUUUGCUACAAAAAAUCAUAAAGAAUAUUUAAGCUAUGGAUAUAAUAAUGACAUCUCAUAUCACCCAAGGGCCAUCUUGACUCCGACCGGCCAUCUUCAGUUAAUGUUAAGGCAAAAAGGAAGAAGAGAUAAUAAAUGGGUGAUACUGUGGCAGGUGCCAUCCACCAAGUGUGAUUUAUACUCACACUGUGGUUCAUUUGGGGUCUGUGAGCAACACGGUUCACACUCGGUUUGCAGUUGCUUGAAAGGGUUUAAACCAAAAUCUCAGAAAGAUUGGGAUAAGGGGAAGUAUGAAGCAGGGUGUGUGAGGAGUGUAGAGUUGGGGUGUGGGGAAGAUAGUGAUGAAUUUAUGAGGUUGGGGUUGAUGAAAUGGCCUGAUCAUUCAUAUUCCAUGGGGAAGAUGAUGUUUAUGGAAUGUAAAUUAGAGUGUUCCAGGAAUUGCUCCUGCACCGCUUUUGCGCAUGCAAAUAUCACUCCUUACUCUGAGGCCAAUUGUAUAAAUUGGUUUGGCGACUUGGUCGAUUUGACGCAUAAAUAUUCAGCUGGUUUUAACGAUUUCGGCCAAGAUCUCCAUGUUCGAGUUCAUGCAUCUGAGCUAAGUAAUAAAGAUGGAAGCGGUGGAAAUGGACAUUCAGCUUACAAAAACAAAGGUGUUGUUGCAGUAAUAGUUGCUUCAGUGUCUGCAUUCUUUCUUAUUACUGGAUUCGUGUACUUUACAAGGAAAGGUUGGGUAUGUAAAAAGUCUACAAUGUCAACUGCAACCCCUGUUGCAAAGGAUGAUAUAGAGUUGCAACAGCUUAGCUUGCAGAGUAUAAUUGAUGCUACAAACAACUUUGAUUAUGCAAACAAACUCGGAGAGGGUGGUUUUGGCCCGGUUUAUAAGGGAUUUUUAUCUGAAUUUGGGAUGGUAGCAAUCAAAAGACUAUCCAAGCAAUCAUCUCAAGGUCAAGAGGAGUUCAUGAAUGAGCUGAAACUAAUUGCAAAGCUACAGCAUACAAAUCUUGUGAGUCUAUUGGGCUGUUGCAUCGAAGAUGAAGAGAAAAUAUUAAUUUACGAGUACUUGUCGAAGAGAAGCCUGGACAACUUUUUGUUUGAUACAUUUCAAAAAGAAAAUUUAGAUUGGAGCACACGCUUUCAGAUAAUAGAAGGCAUUGCUCAAGGAAUUCUUUAUCUUCACAAGUAUUCCAGACUAAAAAUCAUUCACCGAGACUUAAAACCAAGCAAUAUUUUACUUGAUGAAACAAUGAAACCCAAAAUAUCAGAUUUUGGAAUGGCAAGAAUUUUUGGAAUUGAUCAAACUCAUGCAGAAACAAAUCAUGUAGUUGGAACAUAUGGCUACAUUCCACCUGAAUAUGUAUUGCACGGGCAAUUUUCUGAAAAAUCUGAUGUAUUUAGUUAUGGAGUGUUGCUGUUAGAAAUUGUUAAUGGUCGAAGAAAUUCUACUUUUUUUCAUACUCAACUUUCAGUCACCCUCAUAGGAUGGGCAUGGCUAAACUGGAAAAAAGGACAACUACUUGAAUUUGUUGAUCCAGCAAUAAGGGAAUCAUACGACUUCCUCAAGAUCGUAAGGUGUAUUGAAGUGGGACUUUUAUGUGUGCAAGCUAUUCCAACAGAUAGGCCAGCAAUGCUUGAUGUAGUUUGCAUGUUGAGCAAUGAUCCUGAAACACCAAUUCCAACAAUUAAAGAGCCUGCAUAUGUUUCUAGCAAUUCCAUUGCCAUUAGUUCUACUUCUUAUCCAAAGUCAAGUGGUUCUAACUCCAAAAAUGAGGUUACAAUUAGUAUUCUCGAGCCUCGAUAA